GGAAUCCAGGAGCAGCGACAGGUCGGGGGCGGUGUCUGGAACCGCACCCGCCCACUGGCUGGUCCUGGGCUUGCAGCCCCUGCAGCCCUGGGGAACAGCUCUAGAAUUCUUUGAGGGAGGAGGGAAUUUUGGCGCAGUGGCUAGAGCGCUCGGCUGCUAAUCAAAAGAUCGUCAGUUCAAAGAUCACCAGUCUGCUUUGGUAAAGAUUUACAUACAGCCUUGGAAACCCUACGGGCAGUUCUACAGCGUCCUGCAGGGUCACUAACAUUAAGCUGAAACCGUUUCUCAGCCCCCAAGAUGGUGCCGUCCAAAUUGCAUGCACUUUUCUGCCUCUGCAGCUGCCUCACACUGGUUCGUUUUGGCUGGCAAGACCUACAUCCUGCUGCCCAGAUGAAAUCAUCAGUAUGGCUUAAUGAAAUACAAGCUUUGAUAGCUGCUGCAAGUUUUGGCCAAACUAAAAUUCCCAGAGGAAGUGGAUCUUAUUCUGUUGGUUGUACAGACUUGAUGUUUAAUUACACCAAAAAGGGCAGCUUCUUGCGUCUGUAUUAUCCAACCCAAGAUGAUGACCACCAUGAUACUCUUUGGAUCCCAAACAAAGAAUAUUUUUUUGGUCUUACUAAAGUUCUUGGAACACACAGUAUUAUGGCCAAGUUUUUGGGCUUAUUAUUUGGCUCAAUGACAACUCCAGCAAAGUGGAAUUCACCUCUGAGGACUGGUGAAAAAUACCCACUAAUUGUUUUUUCUCAUGGUCUUGGAGCAUUCAGGACAAUUUAUUCUGCUGUUGGCAAUGACCUGGCAUCUCAUGGGUUUAUCGUUGCUGCUGUAGAACACAGAGAUGGAUCUGCAUCUGCAACUUACUAUUUCGAGGACCAGUCUGCUGCAAUGAAAGGGAACAAGUCUUGGCUGUAUUUUAAAACCCUAAAACGAGAUGAGGAUGAAGCACCUCUACGAAAUGAGCAGGUACGGCAAAGAGCCAAAGAGUGUUCCCAGGCUCUUGAUUUGAUUCUUGACAUUGAUCAUGGAAGGCCAGUGCAGAAUGCAUUAGAGUUAGAGUUUGAUGUGAAACAACUGAAGGACUCUAUCGAUAGGAACAAAGUAGCAAUGAUUGGGCAUUCUUUUGGUGGAGCAACAGUUAUACAGGCUCUUAGUGAAGACCAGAGAUUCAGAUGUGGUAUUGCCUUGGAUGCAUGGAUGUUGCCACUGGGUGAUGAAGUAUAUUCCAGAAUUCCUCAGCCCCUCUUUUUUAUCAACUCUGAACAAUUCCAAUUUCCUGCUAAUAUCAUAAAAAUGAAAAAAUUAUACUCACCUGAUAGAGAGAGAAAAAUGAUUACAAUCAGGGAUUCAGUCCAUCAGAAUUUUGAUGACUUCACUUUUGCAACUGGCAAAAUAGUUGGAUACAUAUUCAGAUUAAAAGGACAUAUAGAUUCAAACGUAGCUAUUGAUCUUAGCAACAAAGCCUCAUUAGCAUUCUUACAAAAGCAUUUAGGACUUCAGAAAGAUUUUGAUCAGUGGAACUCUUUGAUUGAGGGAGAAGAUGAAAAUCUUAUUCCAGGGACCAACAUUAACAUAACCUGCCAACACAUCAACACUCUACAGAACUCUGCAAGAAUAGAGAAAUAAAUUGAGAAGACCUUAAACAGAAGUUUUGUUUUAAAACUGUCUUAAAGAGUAAAUAUAUGCGUGCAUGUAUGUGUAUGUAACUGUAUUUUCCAAAAUAACAUUAUAAAAUGUGGGCUAUACCAUAAUAAUGAUUGAAGCUUGGAUUCAGAUUUUUUUCUUCAAAUGUAAAGAAAUAAUGUCCUGUACAAAAAUCAUAUCAGCCUAAAUUUUAAUUUUACUAAGAUGAUAAUGGAAACCCUGGUUGCAUAGUGGUUAAGAGCUACAGAUGCUAACCAAAAGGUUGGCAGUUUGAAUGCACCAGGUGAUCCUUGGAAACUCUAUGGGGCAGUUCUACUCUGUCCUGUAUGGUCCCUAGGAGUCAGAAUCGACUUGACAGCAAUGGUUUUUUUUUUAAGAUAAUUUUUUGUGUCAAAUUAAAAACUGCUUUUACAUUAUGUAUUUUUAAUGGGAAAGUAUAUUAAAACAAUGCCAAUGAAGACAUGUUAUUGUUGUUGUUGUGUGCUGUUGAUUCUGACUUAUAGCGACCCUAUAUGGAACUGCCCUAUAGGGUUUCCAAGGAGCAGCUGGUGGAUUUGAACUGCUGACCUUAACCGCUUUGCCACCAGGGCUCCAUAAUGACAUGAGGCUCCCUAAAAAUACAAUAAAAAGGGAUUUUCUUACAAAAUAGUUCUCUAGGUAGAAUUUAUAUUUGGCAGCACUUCCCUUUACCUUUUUGUCCUAGUAAGAAAAAUUAGAUCAAGGAGAUAGUAAAAUCAUUGUCUUACCUAGGAUUUGUGAUACAAUAUAUUAAUAGUUUCAGUAUGAAGACUUACGGGGAAUGGAGAAGGGACAGAAUACUGGAGACAGGGCAAAGGCAGCUAGUUAAGGGCAGAAAGUUGAUAUUUUAUUUGCAUCUUUUUAAAGCUGUAUCUUUGAUGCAUUCUACUUACUAAAGAAUGGAGCCAUUGGUAUUACAUCUGUAAAAACAGGCCAGGAAUUCUAGCUGUAACACUUAUUAAUAAAUUAGCUAUGCACUCAACAGCUGCAAAGGCUAAUGGAGAAAACAUUUAAAAGUACAUUUAACAGCUUCAUUUUCUAAUUCAAUUUAAUUUUAAUUUAAAUAAAUUUUAUUUUAUUUAAUGGAUGUUUUCAGUUCUGUAUGUAGUAGUGGAAAUAGAAUAACAUAACAAAUGGAAAUAAAAGCACAAAAACAUACACACUUACACAUCCAGG